ACGUUUUUCUUAAGCUUUAGUGGCACUGUAAUCUAACUCAACUCCCAUUUCAUAAGAAAAACACCAAGCAUCGUUCUAAAAAGUGCAUUUUAUUUAAAAAACAAUGACAUUUUUGCUAAGAAACGCCAUUCAAACGUUGGCGGUAAGGAAUCUGCUGAGACCCAUACACACAAAUACUGGAUGUUUGUCUUUGUACCAAAGACAGAGGCCCAAUGAUGUGGGCGAUGAAUCCGGUGCAUCCGCUCAAAAGAAGAAGUCAUCAUCGCUGAAGAUUACCCUGUUGCAAAAUCAAAAUGUUACCGUUACAUCUCUGGAGGAGGCCAAGAAUCUGGCCAAACGUCGUUCAAUGCAACUGGUGCAGGUGCAGAAGUUGGAUACGAAAACCCAGAGGCCGGUCUAUAAAUUGGUUUCCUCAGCAGAACGAUUACAAGAAGAACUAUCAGAUUUAAAAGGUGGUCAAGACAAGGAUACCUCCUCCGGCGCCUCCGAUAAAGCAUCACAGAAGAAAUCUGAAAAGACCCUCAACAUUGGCUCUCGUAUAUCGGACCACGAUUUAGCUUCCCGCCUAAAGAACAUUUCCAAAUGGUUGUCGAAACACCACGAAGUACGCAUUCUAAUACAAGGCAAUGAAUCGGAUUUAUCUAGCUGUGAAAAAAUCUACAAAUCCAUAGAGGAAUCAAUUAAAACACCCGAACCCAUAGGGAAAAUUGUACAAAAACGUGCCAAGGGUUCAGUUAUUAAAUUUAAUAUUUUACCUAUUAUCAAUGCCGAGAAGUCGACAUCUGCAAGUUCUAAAAAUCAAUGACUUGCAGUGGACUGUAGAUCAUCCGUAGCUAUGCGUCAUUACUCAACGAAGGCGGGUGAUUGUCAACGUAGAGACUGUCCGUUGCCAGUGUCAUCAAACUCAAAUGGAAAACGUUUAAAACUUGCUCUAUUCACAAUGGCUGUCAUAACGCUUAAAUAUUAUUUUUGGUGGUCAUAUUUGAAAACGCGUCGAACCUCAACUUCAAAUAAAUCGAAAAAAUAAGGUAGCUUUAAAAUCUAAAAGAAAAGAAAGUAAUGUUUAUAGAUAUUUUUUUUGUUAAAUAAAUUAUUUAAAUUAUGUUUAAUAAA